CAGUCCUGCCAAUUAUACCCCAGCAAGAAUCUGGUUAAUGUGAUUUUUUUCUUUCUCCCGCACACAAAGGAAAGCAACGCUUUUCAUGCUUUCUGGCUAGCUCCUUAAAGGGCUCCGCUUAUUCCUUAGUGCCGCUGCAAAACUGUUUCAGUCCAGUCUCCAGUCUUCAUUUUCCUGGGCUUUAAACCGGGAACGUGAGGGAACAGGUCCCGAUGAAGUGCAGUAUUCUGCGGGAGCUGACGGAAGGAAUAGAUGGAUAUUCCUGGUCUUUAGGGACUUGCUCGUGAUUAGAUGUUUCCUCAGUUCCAAAGCUUGCCUGUUCAGCAUUUUGCGGUCCAGAGAGUGUUCAAGACACAUCUUGCAGUACGUCUGCAUUGAUUUUAAAAUCAACAACCAGAGGCAAGCCUGCAUUAAGACCGAGCGGACGUUGCUUCUUUCCGUUAAUCAUGAAGACACAGCUUUAUGUCUCCGAAAACAUCUGACUGCAAGGAUUUCUCUGUGUAAGCAGUAGAGAUUAUUGCCAAGGAAGAUUGGAAAGCCCUAUCUGUUCUCCAGAUCCUGUGCCUCUCUGUUUACUUCUAUCCCAGGGACACUGUCCUACACCACCAAAUACUUCUGCUUCCAGUACUUUCAGACGCCUUUGAGGUGUGGAUUUGAAGACUCUUUGGACGACAAAAAAAGGAAAGAAAAACUAGAUAAACCUUGCCCCUCCAAUAUCCUCUGCCUGUUUUUGUGGAUCCGAUAAAGCUUGGUGGUGUAUUGCCUGGGACUUGGACUACGAAUAUAGGUUAAUUUGAGAGAGCAAUGCAAGUCUCCAUUGCUUGUACGGAGCAUAAUUUGAAGAGUCGAAAUGGUGAAGACAGACUUAACAAACAGAACACCACUACCCCUAAUGUAGUGAAUGCAGCCCGGGCAAAAUUCCGGACGGUCGCUAUUAUCGCUCGCAGUUUGGGAACAUUUACCCCUCAACAUCAUAUUUCUCUGAAAGAAUCAACUGCGAAACAAACUGGCAUGAAAUAUAGGAAUCUUGGAAAAUCAGGACUCAGAGUCUCUUGCUUGGGUCUUGGGACAUGGGUUACAUUUGGAGGUCAAAUUUCAGAGGAGGUUGCGGAACAACUGAUGACAAUCGCCUAUGAGAGCGGAGUGAAUCUCUUUGAUACUGCAGAGGUAUAUGCAGCUGGGAAAGCAGAGGUGAUUCUUGGAAGCAUCAUCAAAAAGAAGGGCUGGAGGAGGUCCAGCCUGGUCAUCACUACCAAACUCUACUGGGGUGGAAAAGCUGAAACAGAAAGAGGACUGUCAAGAAAACAUAUCAUUGAAGGAUUAAAGAAUUCCCUCCAGAGACUGCAGCUUGAGUAUGUGGAUGUUGUCUUUGCAAAUCGACCAGACAAUAAUACCCCCAUGGAAGAAAUCGUCCGAGCAAUGACCCAUGUAAUUAACCAAGGAAUGACCAUGUACUGGGGGACUUCCCGGUGGAGUGCUAUGGAGAUCAUGGAGGCCUAUUCGGUAGCCAGACAGUUCAACAUGAUUCCACCAGUGUGUGAGCAAGCCGAAUAUCACCUGUUCCAAAGAGAGAAAGUGGAGGUCCAGUUACCAGAAUUGUACCACAAAAUCGGAGUUGGAGCAAUGACGUGGUCUCCUCUUGCCUGUGGGAUCAUCUCAGGAAAAUAUGGAAAUGGGGUGCCUGAAAACUCCAGAGCAUCACUGAAGUGUUACCAGUGGCUGAAGGAAAAAAUUGUAAGCGAAGAAGGCCGCAGACAGCAAAGCAAGCUGAAGGACCUGAACCCAAUCGCGGAGCGUCUUGGAUGCACCCUUCCGCAGCUGGCAGUGGCCUGGUGUCUAAGGAACGAGGGCGUCAGUUCUGUGCUCCUUGGGGCUUCCAAUCCCCAGCAGCUCGUCGAAAACCUCGGCGCCAUACAGGUCCUCCCGAAGAUGACAUCCCAUGUGGUGAAUGAGAUGGACCAUAUCUUGGGGAACAAGCCGUACAGCAAAAAAGACUACAGGUCAUAAUGCAAUGCAUGGCUCAGUGGACCGCAUGGUUAAAUAGUGCCCUGUACUCGCUACAGAACGCUAUCAACAGCCGCUCAUUUGAAUCGCUCAGCAGACUGCCGCCCAAGCUGCUUCCAAAAGAUGCACCUAAAUUCUCAAGCAUUCUUGAAAACACUCUCCCGGCUGAGAAUAUUCCUUCUAUUUUCUUAUCGGUGACUAGCGUCGCUGACUUGGGUUUCUCUUUGCACCUCAUGCUUUAUGCAAACCGAAAGACUCCUCUGAACCUUCAGGUCUUUGGAAAUUGAAAGCGGGCUGUACAGUUCUAUUUUUUCAAAUGAACACAAUCCACAGGACCCAUCUUAAGGCUCAAAGAGCAAAAGCCGAAACGAGUAGGGUUGGCGGCUCCAAAUUCUUCACCGGGACCGAGGCGUAGGAACCGGGUCGUGGUUUUUUUCUGGAUUUUGCCCCAGCCCUGCCUUCCUAAAUGUCUAAAAAGGGUUCUGGUGGGGAUGAAGGGGGAAGAGUUGGGGGGAAAAGGGGGAGGGCGGGGUCCUUGUUCAUCAGUUUUUUUAACUGCUUUGUUCCUUUGCUUUCAAAAUCUCUGGGAUUUUGCAUAAUGAUGGUUGUCUAUGGCUCGGGGUUCAGUUUGAGGAAUAAAAAUAAAGCUUUUCCCAUACUAGAAGAGAAUAGGAGGCCAGAGGACGAAUGACCUAGUCUAUACCCGGAGACACUGUCUAAGAGAACGGAUUGUGCUGCUGUGGAACUUUGGUUCUGAAUAAACUGUAAAUCAAUAUAUCUGCAACUGAA